UUAAUGUCGGCCAUUUAUGAUAACUUAUUAUCAAUAACUAUAAUUUUCUAACUUAGUAAAUAAUAAAAUCAAUAUAUUGUUUAUGGUGUAAAAUUGACUGUUGAAGUAUAUUUGUGUGCUAAGAUAAGUUUGUGUAAUCUUAAGAUACUGUAUUGAAAAGACAAUAAAAUUGUGGCCAAUGUCAGCAGGCGUGUCAGAUCAGCGGAUGAAAGGCCAAGGCAACCAAGCAGAACAUUUAGAAUCUGGCGGCGGCAGCAGCGAAACUGAUUUCGAAUCAUGGCGUCAUCAAAGCGGCGGUGCAUCGCAUACUUCGAGCGUGAACAGCGGCAACCACACAACGAGCGGCGCGGCGGGCGCUUAUUCGGCGACCAGCGGAGCGGAUCAUUACGGUCAGGCGGCCGGCUAUUACGGCACGACUACCGCUGCGGGUACGGCCUAUUCUUACCAGGCGUUCGGUGUUAGUGACGGCACUUGGUCUAAUGGUACCGCUGCGGCUUCGGGCGGCGAUCCCAUGACAUUUUUAGGUGGCUACGCUACUCAUGAUAGUUAUGGUGGAGUCGAUGCUUUUGCUCAGCCUUCAACUUUUAAUUAUUUUCCUGGCAACGGUGACUAUUCUACAUGGGGCUCUCAUAAUCAGCAGCGUAAGCCUCAUUAUGAUGACUACUACCGUACAGAUCAGAGUAUGUAUGCACAAAAUCCUGGCUUGGGCAUGCCUGAUUCGAGUCUUGGGCUUAAAACAAUGGAGCAUGGUAUGCAGAAUCUUAAUCUGGACAUGCCCAACAGCCUUCAUGGCAAUCAAAUGCUUCAAAAUCCUUCAAUGGGACAGAUGGUUUCAACAUCUAUCGGAAAUAAAGAUAAAGAUGGUUUGAAAGAUAAAGACAAUUUGGUUUUGAGCCAUGGUGUUUCAAAUUCUGCCCCUAAAAAGAUGACAUGGGCUUCCAUUGCUAGCCAACCAGCAAAGCCUCAAAUUAGUACUCAAAGCACAGGUUUGAAAAAGAAAGGACCUGGUAUGCCACCACCACCUAUGAUUCCUGGGAAACAUAACAUGGAUAUUGGAACAUGGGAUACAUCUAAUAAAAAUGGACCCAGUGUACCACCACCACCUCCACCUGUUCAAAAUGUCCCUCCCUCUCCUACACCACCACCAUUAACAACACCUGCUCCUGCACCUGUUCCAAUAAAACAGCAAACAUCUACAGCAUCUAUGAAUAGUGCUCCUCCAGCAGUGAACAAUGUUAGGCCUACAUGGCAAGCAGUAACUGGGUUGACCCAAAAUCAGCAAGGACCACAGGGAAUACCUCACCUGAGGCCUCAAUCAAUGAAUAUGGCGAGGAAUAUAUCACAACCAAUGCAGGGUCAAACUCAACCACAUAUUAUGCAGGCAAACCAUGGAUAUCCUUCUCAACCAGUAAUUAUUCCUUCACACAUGAACCAAAAUAUGAAUAUGCCUCCUCAUGCAGGAAUGCUUCCAAUGACAGGAAAUCCAGUACAAAGUGGGCCUAUGGCCAAUCAACAAGUAAUUCAACAGCAACCCAUUUCCCUUCCAUUGGUUCCUCAUCCAGUUUUAGAUGAGUUGAGAGUGAAAAACAAUUAUAAUCCUACAGAGUUUGAUUUAACCGCUCCUAAUGCUCGAUUUUUUGUUAUAAAGUCAUAUUCUGAAGAUGAUAUUCAUAGAAGUAUCAAAUAUGAAAUUUGGUGCUCAACAGAACAUGGCAAUAAACGAUUGGACCAAGCUUAUAGAGAGCGCGAAAAGGUUAAUGGUGGCAUGGUAUACUUGUUCUUCUCUGUUAAUGGAUCAGGACAUUUUUGUGGAAUGGCACAGAUGGUCAGUGCAGUGGACUAUUCUAGCAAUUCAAGUGUGUGGUCGCAGAAUAAGUGGAAAGGGCAGUUUAAAGUGCGAUGGAUAUAUGUUAAAGAUGUUCCCAAUGUCCAGCUGCGCCAUAUUCGCUUGGAGAACAAUGAAAAUAAACCAGUGACAAAUUCAAGAGAUACGCAGGAGGUGCCACAUCCUAAGGGUCAGCAAGUAUUACGUAUUCUGCAUAGUUACAGACAUUCUACAUCUAUUUUUGAUGACUUUAUUCAUUAUGAAAAACGCCAAGAAGAGGAAGAUUCGAGGAAAGUGCCAGUGCAGCAUGAAAUGCAAAACAGUGGAAAUUUUGAUAAUAAGGGCCAUGGAGAUUAUGGGAAUGAUCAUAAAUCUUCACAUCAUGGAGGAUAUGAUAAACAUAGAGGAAUGCGUGAUCAUCAAAAUAAUAGUAGUGGCAAUUAUCGAGAUCGAGGUAAUCAUGAUAUGCAUGGUGGAUAUCACCAUGAUAAUCAUCAAAGAAUGGACAGAGAUAAUCAUCAUCAGAGGAUGGAUUCUCGUGAUAAUCAUCAUCAGAGAAUGGACUCUAGAGAUAACCACCAUCAAAGAAUGGACUCUCGAGAUCACUAUCGUGAUGGACCACGAGGUCAUAGGGAUCAUGAUGGUGGUCAUGGUGGUCACAGAAUGCAUCAUGGAUUGCAUCCAAAGGAUAGGGGAGAACAUGGAAAUAGAGGACGUGGACGUGGAAGAAAUCAGUAAAUGAACUGCUACCGAGUCUGUAAAGGAACAAACAAUUAGUGUUAUAAAAUUGUCCUUUUAUUUGAAAUGUUAACUGUGGAGACGACAUGGAUUAUAAUAGUGAUUAAUGAGCAGUUCUUCACAGUGAUAUGUUUAUACAAAUUAAGUUUUAACUUGUUUUAAAAGAAUACCCGUUCAACUGCGUGCUAAAUUUAGACAUUUCUGAAAAAAUUGUUUUUUUUUCAGCAAAUUAAAGUAAAAAUGCGGACAUAUAGAUCUUCAAGAAAUUUAUGAAAAGAACAAUAUUCCUACUCGGAUUUAUAUGACUGUUGUAUAAAUUUUUGAAAAGUUUUAUGGAUAAGAUGUGCCAGUUUGUAUCAA